CGUGCGAGGUGAGGAGAUAGCUUUUUCUUUCCCGAAAAUAUCUAGGGAGCAGCGGUGGCACCCAAGGAGAUAUUGUCUGUCCUGCCACGUGUCUUCCGUUCGCACUGUCACGUGUUAAAGUGUUGCCAUGCGGGAUCCGCUUCGGCCCCAAUUUUCCUUCAUCACUCUGUCUUCUGUUCUCUUCGUAUCGAUUUCUCUCAUUACACCGGAAAUUAAGCUGCUGGAAAUUCUGGAUUUUGGAGGUUCUGUGCUCGUCUUCGCUUUAUUUCCCCUCAUUUUUUUACUCUAUAUAGAUAUUUUGGGAUUAAUGGAGGGCCGAGACUUGAAGCAGCCGGAUCGAUCUUCCCUGGGGAAGAGCUGUGAUAACAGAAACCCUAGAUCGGGUGUUGUUGAUUCUCUGUCCAGUGAAUGGACAGAUGAGAAGCACAAAUUGUAUCUUAGUUCCAUAGAAGCAACAUUUGUCGAUCAGUUAUAUGGUAGAGAACACCUUUCAAGUAAUUUUAUGGGUUGGUUGUCAAGAACACAAAAGAAGACAAAUUCAUCACAAUUAAAUCCCAAUAAACAGUCUGGUCAGUUUAAGGUUCUGCGUGAAGGCUGCUGGGAAGAUUUUAACUUUGAUCGGGCAAAGGACAGAGCUGUUGUUGAGAUUGAAUCUCGCCAGCUUUUGGCAAACCCCUGGGUUCAGCACUUCAAACCACCUUCUGCUGGCAAAUACCCACAGACAUCAGUUGACAUUGACAAUAAUGAAUUUUCAAGUCGAUCAAUCUACUUAAAUUGUCCCAUGGACAUGAAAAGAACCAGUGCAAAGCAGCUUCCAGUUUGCUAUCCUCUAAUUAUUCAUGAAGAUUCUGUCAGUAGCAGAGCAGUUUUUGCAGAGGUUACCGAUCAAAACUUUGUUGACACAGAGUAUAAUAAACUGGCUGAAGGGCCAAGUAAAUCAAGCAGUAAGAAGCGAUCGAGGAGAUCUGCUCGUUCAAAGAUAAUUGACCAAAUAGUCCCUAGUAACUCGGUUGCUUCAUCUAGCCUUAGAAGUGGUAAUUUCUUGAAAGAGAAUGAAGCAGAAUGCAGCAGCACCAUUAGGGAGCAGAACAUUGAUGAACCUUCUUAUUACAAUCAUGAGGAGCCUGAAGGUCUAGGCUUUAAUAAUGGUUGAGCUUUGGAGCAGUUUUUGCACUGUGGAGGGAAAAGUAUUCCAGGUGAUUGAUGUAGUUUCUUUCAGCAGAGAGAGCAGGAAAGAUUUAAAUCUACUACUGACAUGAACUUGGAAUAAAUUUGUCAAUUGUGUUGUAUAUCAAGUCGAUGCAAAGCCUCUCUGCAAUGUAUUGAACACAUUAGCAUUAUAAAUGAGUAGCAAUAUCUUAGUAUGUCAGCAUUAAAAACACCAAUGAGUUUUUUUUUUUUUACUAAAAUUGAAGUGGCAUUGUAUUGAAGCUUAUGUGUUUAUAGUUUGUAUCAUUGAUUCAUAUUAAA